AUGACAUUCAAAGAAAAGUGGCCUGAGCUCCUCACGGUCACGGUCACGGCGUCCUCCCCGUCGGACCGUUAUGAGGAUUUCUUUGCGGCAUUGAUCAAGAUAUCGAGGGAGUUCCACCCACCGAAGCUGCAUGAAGUCACUGUGAAAGUUUUAUCGACCGUCGGAGAUCUGUUGUCAUGGAUCGGAAGUGACGAAGGCAAUCUGCACCUGUGCUCCAAAAUCGACCAAAUGCUGCACAGCUACCGUCAUCCACAACUCUUGCUCUUCGGCCACCGACGUACUCGCUCUGGGCGAAAGGAUCUUUGGUUCGAAGAGUUUGCAAAAUACUUCCCUAAAUUGACAGAGCGUGGAUCACUCAAGAUGGCACCGAGCGCAGAUAUCGCUCUCGGCCAUGAUGACCUGGUCACAGCCCUCGUCUACUCCCCAAAUGGCUCCCGCCUCGCUACGGCGUCCCGGGACUGCACUAUCAUCUUGUGGGACUCGGACGGGCAGCUCGUCCACGAAUGGGUGGCUCAUACUGCAUACGUCCGCUCACUCGCAUUCUCCCCCGAUGGUCGACAUCUUGCAUCCGCAGGCUUUGACAGAAAGAUUGUAGUUUGGGACGUCAGCCAAGGCGUACGGUGGAUCGCAACCCUUGAAGGGCAUACUCAAUCUGUUGAUCACUGUGCUUGGUCGCCCGACGGCACUCUGAUCGCAUCUCGAUCUCGGGACAAGACUGUGCGACUCUGGGACACUCGGACAUUCCAACAGCUACAUCUGCUCAACGUGUCUACCAACGAGUUCGUCUACGGUGUCCACUUCUCCUCUGACGGACGUUGGCUUGUCUCAACAGAUGCGCAUCGGUGCUAUGUAUGGGAUGUCGGGCGCAGCACGAUUCACCACUUCCGUAUCGCAGGAGGGAAGGAUACUGAGUACAAGUCUGCGAUAGAUGAAGAGAACGAGGAGGAUGAAGGUGAAGGGGACGAGGGAGACGAAGAUGAGCAGGACGAGGGAGACGAUGAUGACGGUUCACGGUCCUGCGCCAUCGCAUUGAAUCUUCAGGGCAGCCACCUCGCCACUGGAUAUUCGGAUGGUAAUGCUCGGAUCUGGGAUGUGCAGACGGGACAGUGUCUCGUUUUUGCGAGGGUGCAUACGGAAGGGAUAAUACGAGUGGCAUUCUCGUCGGAUGGGACGCGCGUGCUCUUUACUACCGAGGACAGGACAGCGAAGAUCUGGGACGCAUCCAGUGGCGUCGUGACCCUAUCGCUCGAAGGACGCACCAGCGGGGUCUUGGCAGCGUGCUUCUCGCCGUGCGGGAAGUACGUCGCGUCGGGAUCUGGGGACAAGACGGUGCGGCUGUGGAGGAUGGACGAUGGAUCGUGCGUGGGGACCUUCUCCGAGCACAAGGAUUGGGUCUGGAACGUAGCCUUCUCCCCGGAUGGAAACACGCUAUCGUCUGGCGCACGCGAUGGGUCAGUCGUGAUCAGGCAUAUGCGUGAUAUCAUUCCAGUAGAAGAGACGAGCGUGUAG